CGAUUCCACUUCCGGCUCAUUUCACGUAACUUCUGUGGAGCAACAUUUCUUUCCAUUCUUUCGUGUACCCUUCUUUUAAACAAACGCGCUUCUUCAGAGCGUUCUCAUCGGUGCACCAUGGGGAAGACGUGUUGGGUUGUGGGCUGCAAGACGGGCUAUCUGACCAACAAGGCGGUCGAGCAGGAGCAGGCCGCCAAGGGGACCCCGAUCACCCUCCACAAGUUCCCCAGGGAUGAUGAACUGAGGGCCAGGUGGCUCAAGAACAUCAAGAUGGAUGAUAAAGACAACCCAAGUGCUGAAAGGUAUUGCUGCUCUUUGCAUUUCAAAGACAGCGACUUUAAAGUGAGGCUCACAGUGCACAAAGGGAGGCAGAGGAAGCUGCUUGUCGAGGAUGCUGUGCCGACCAACUUUAGCCACAGCGCGGCCUACUUGCCCUGCAUGCAGGAGGCGCCUCCCGACCCCGAGAGGUCCAUGCCCUUGGCCUCAUCGACAGCUAGGAGGUUGGUACAGGUGGCGGAGGCAGCGAGGAUAGAGAAUGAGUUCAUGGACAGCGACAAGUUCACCUCCCUUGAGGACCUCAAGGAGAAGAUCAGCACAGAGAUGCCUAGAAACUACAGAAUCUCCCUGGACAGGGACGCCAUCAAGAAGAACAGGCAGUUCCUCACCCUGUUCACGUACGAGCCCGUGCUGGGACUGCUGCCCGCCAUGGCCAACGUGCUGAGGAUUGGAGAGACCGGUAGCUUUGUUAUGGCCAAAGAUGGCAUGAAGAUCGCCAACAGCAAGCUGCGCCACAUCUUGCACGGCCACAGGGUUGUCUUCACAAGGGUGAGCCAGGUCACCAACGCCCUGGCCUUCCUCAACAACUACAGCGUUGAAGAAACAGACAAGUGUCCGGCAGACGUCGCUGUCGAAGAUCUUCACCCAGAGAAGCACGAUCCGCUCCACGUUAAACAAGAGGAGGAGUCUGAAAUGCCGUACAUAAAACAGGAGGUGACGCCAGAGACCCCCAGCAUUAAAGAAGAAGAGCAGAAAAAUGAAAUCCCCAAGUUUCCAGUGACUGUCAGUGUGAAGAGUGAAGAAAACGAGGGUCGAAGCAAAGAGAGCGGAGCAAUGAAACCUUCAAGUGACAGCUCAUUUCAACACCUGACAACAAAAGGAGAGGAUCGAUUGCAACCGGACAGCCUGUUAGCUCCGCUCUCGGACAGCGACGACGUAACUUCCCACUCUUCUGACUUUAACACUGAUGAGGAAGAUGUUGACUUUGACCAAAAUGCUUCAAAAUCCUUAAACAAGUCUUCAUUGAAAAGACAUGCAAAAAAACGCUUGGUUGGGAAACCUUUUUCGUGCUCAAUUUGCGAUAAAAGAUUUUCUUGGAAGGGUGAUUUAGAAAAGCAUAAGCGUACACAUACUGGAGAAAAGCCUUUUGUCUGCACAUGUUGUGGUCAAAGAUUCGCCGAGAAGGGAAAUUUAAACAAACACACAAGAAAGCACAGCGGAGAGAAGCCUUUCAAAUGCACACUUUGCAACAAAAGAUUUUCUCAGAAGACUUAUUUAACAAAGCAUAAGCGAACACACACUGGAGAAAAGCCUUUUGUCUGCUCAUGUUGUGGUCAAAGCUUCGCCGAGAAGGGAAAUUUAAACAAACACAAAAGCACACACACUGGAGAGCAGCCAUUUCCCUGCUCAUUUUGUGAGAAAAGAUAUUGUGGGAAGCAAGCGUUAACAAGACACACGCGCGUACACACCGGAGAGAAGCCCUUUCCCUGCUCACUUUGCGAUAAAAGAUUUUCUCAGAAGCAGAUAUUAAUAAGACAUAUGCAUACGCACACAGGAGAGAAGCCUUUUCCCUGCUCCCUCUGUGGUAAAAGAUUCAGAGAUAAGGGAGAUUUACUCAGACACACAAGAAAAAGACAUGGAGAGAAGCCUUUUGCAUGCUAGUUUUGGGAUAAAAGAUUUCUGAAGAAGCAACACAAGAAAACACAAUGGGGAAAAGCCUUUUCGCUGCACAUUUUGUGGGAAAACAUUCACCCAGUAGGGAUAUUAUGAAUCACCACACUGGGGGAUGCGCUUUCAAUGGCAGCGUGUGAAAGAAGAAAUGAUUUUGCAGGUCAAUUUCUUUUUCAGAAUUUUGCUGGUCAAUUUCUUUUUCAGAACUACAGGUAGUCCCCGGUAGGCAUGUGCCGAUAACCGGUUUCAAGGUAUACCGUGGUAUGAAAACGUCAAGGUUUGAAAGCCUCAAAAAUGUUCUGUCAUACCGUCCCUAAGGUAUUGGCUAUUCUUUGUGUACCAUAAAUGCAAGGAAACAUCCCUCGCUUGCAGCUGUUCAAUGGAUUUUUUUUUUACCAAGAUAUCUCAAAGUAACACAUUUUAUAGUUGUAAUUGCAUUACCGAGAAACUGAUAUUUUUGCUUUAGGUUAUCAUCAGGGGUGAAAGUGUCUACAAUUUCUUGCCGGAACUCCCCGACGUGAAAGUCGCCAC